CAAACUUUGAAAUAUGUUGGUAGCUUCUUCUAUUUCUAAGUCCAAGCGCCACGGAGAGGGAAAAGUGCGAGCCACAAGAAUGUCCACAAAAAUGGCGAUUUUGCAGGGUCUUCGGAUCUCAAUUUCGAUUCCACAAACUCUUCCACCACUCCUCCAAUCGCGCAAAACAAAGACAAGCAAAACUCCCUCAUUCCAUCAUUCUCAUUUUCUUUUCUCUCAUUUUUUCUUUAGCGAAUUCGAAUCUGUUACGAAUUUCAUUUUUUGCACGAUUACUAUACUUCGAGUUCAUGUUCAAUGUGUGUUUGAUCGAUGAUUUCAAUUUGUUGAAAAUGUACACACGCAUGAUACUGUUGGACGGUGAUUUCUGUUCAGCCUAGGUUAAAAUCCAGGAAAUGGGCAUGCCCGAAAACAUAAUUGUUGGUUCUCACGUUUGGGUUGCCGAUCCAGAAUUAGUUUGGAUUGAUGGAGUAGUACUAAAUAUUAAUGGAGAAGAUGCUGAAAUUCAAACUAGCAAUGAGAAGAAGGUAGUUUCCCGUUUGUCAAAAUUACAUCCCAAGGAUACAGAUGCUCCUACUGAUGGUUUUGAUGACAUGACCAAGCUUGCUUAUUUGCAUGAGCCAGGAGUGCUUUAUAAUUUGGAAAGCCGAUACAAGAUCAAUGAAAUCUAUACUUAUUCUGGAAAUAUUCUUAUUGCGAUCAAUCCCUUUCAAAGUCUUCCACACCUGUAUGAUGCUAAUGCAAUGAAAAGAUACAAGGGAGAGAGAAUCGGAAAUUUAAGCCCACAUGUUUUUGCUAUUGCUGAAGCAGCAUAUAGGGCUAUGAUUACUGAGGAGAAGAGCAACUCUAUUCUUGUUAGUGGUGAGAGCGGCGCUGGUAAGACAGAAACCACCAAAAUGCUUAUGCUUUACUUGGCAUAUUUGGGUGGUCACACUGCAUCUGAAGGACGGACUGUUGAACAGCAAGUUCUAGAAUCAAACCCAGUACUUGAGGCAUUUGGUAAUGCAAAAACAGUUAGAAAUGACAAUUCCAGCCGUUUUGGAAAAUUUGUUGAGAUUCAAUUUGAUAAGUAUGGACGAAUAUCCGGUGCAGCCAUUAGAACUUAUCUUCUCGAGAAAUCUCGUGUUUGCCAAAUCUCAGAUCCAGAGCGUAAUUAUCACUGUUUCUACCUUCUCUGUGCUUCUCCUCCUGAGGAAAAGGAGAAAUAUAAGUUGGGGGACCCGAGAUCAUUUCAUUACCUUAAUCAAUCCAGUUGCUAUGAAUUAGCUGGUGUUAAUGCUGCUCAAGAGUAUCUUAGCACCAAAAGAGCCAUGGAUAUUGUGGGAAUCAGCCAGGAGGAGCAGGAUGCAAUUUUCAGAGUUAUUGCUGCUAUUCUCCAUCUUGGAAACAUUAAAUUUGAAAAAUCAGAAGAAGAAACAGAUUCAUCAGUUCUAGCAGAUAAAGACUCCAAGUUCCAUCUCGAAACAACUGCAGAACUUCUAAUGUGUGAUUCUAAUGCUGUGGAAGUUGCACUAUGUAAGCGUGUGAUGAUCACCCCUGAAGAAAUCAUCGAAAGAAGUCUUGAUCCUGUUGCCGCAACAGUUAGCAGGGAUGGUUUGGCGAAGACAUUAUAUUCUCGUUUGUUUGACUGGUUAGUCCAGAAAAUUAAUCUCUCCAUUGGGCAGGAUAGUAACUCGAAAUGUCUCAUUGGUGUUCUUGACAUAUAUGGCUUUGAAAGCUUUCAAACUAAUAGUUUUGAGCAGUUUUGUAUUAAUUUUACGAAUGAAAAGCUGCAGCAGCACUUCAACCAGCACGUUUUUAAGAUGGAGCAAGAGGAAUACACAAAAGAAGCGAUUGAUUGGAGCUACUUAGAAUUUGUAGACAAUCAAGAUGUACUAGAUCUCAUUGAAAAGAAACCAGGUGGAAUAAUUGCUCUGCUCGAUGAGGCUUGCAUGUUUCCCAAAUCAACUCAUGAAACAUUUUCAACAAAGCUUUAUCAGACAUUCAAAGAUCACAAACGCUUCAUCAAGCCAAAAUUGGCACGCUCAGACUUCACUGUUGUUCAUUAUGCAGGAGUGGUCCAGUAUCAAUCUGAGCAUUUCAUAGACAAAAACAAAGACUAUGUUGUUCCUGAACAUCAAGUCAUGCUAAGUACUUCCAAAUGUUCAUUUGUAUCAGGCCUUUUUCCUCCACUUUCUGAGGAGACAGCAAAAUCUGCUAAGUUUUCUUCUAUUGGCUCUCGUUUUAAGCUACAAUUACAACAUUUGAUGGAAGCGCUCAAUCUGACAGAGCCCCACUAUAUUAGAUGUGUGAAGCCGAAUACUCUAUUAAAACCUGGGAUAUUUGAGAAUAUGAACGUUAUGCAUCAAUUACGUUCUGGUGGUGUUCUUGAAGCAGUGAGAAUAAAAUGUGCUGGAUUUCCCACUCACAGGACCUUUCAUGAAUUUUUAACUCGAGUAGGCAUUCUUGCUCCAGAGAUUCUUCGAGGGAACUUCGAAGAAAAGGAAUCGUGUAAAAUGAUUUUAGAGAAGAUUGGGCUGACAGGUUAUCAGAUAGGGCAAACAAAAUUAUUCCUAAGAGCUGGUCAUAUGGCAGAAUUGGAUGCUCGGAGAGCAUACAUGCUUAGCAACUCUGCAACAAUUAUCCAAAAGCAUACUAGAACUCAUUUUAGUCAGAAAAGAUAUACUACACUGCGGAAGUCCUCUUUGUUUUUGCAGUCUAUUUGCAGAGGAGAACUGGCACGGAGACAAUAUUAUCACAUGAAGAGGAAAGCAGCUGCCAUCAAAAUUCAAGCCUAUACACGUGGAAGAAUAGCCAGAAAAUGCUAUUCUGAAAUGAAGACUUCUGUCGUUGUCUUACAGUCAGGUUUUCAGGCAAUGGCUGCUCGACGUGCUCGUGAUAAAUUCAGACAUAUAAGGCAAACUAGGUCAUCAACUAUUAUUCAGUCCUAUUGGCGGCGACAUAAAGCUCUCGUGGACUAUCAGAACCUUAAGAAAGCAUCAAUCAUUUCACAAAGUGUCAAUCACUCCAAUGAUGAACAAGAGCAGAAGGUUAUGGAGAUAUCAGUUGAAAAUGAAAGUACUGCCAUGGAAGAAUCUUCAAAUUCACUCCGCGAGGAAUCCUCAAGUUCUUUCCAAGAUAAUGAACGCAUUGAAGCUAUUAAAGAUUUCUCAAGUCCCAUCAUAGAUGCUGAAAGAAAUGAAGCUAUUAGGGAUUGCUCUAGUCCCCACAGAGACACUGAAAGCAAUGAAAAUAUUAGAGAUUUCUCUAGUCCCCUUGGAGACACGGAAAAGAUUGAGGCUCUUUCUGCAGAAAUAAAAACUUUAAAGUUCAUGUUGCAGGAAGAAAAACAAAAAACUGAUGAAUAUGAAAGGAAAUAUGUAGAAGCUCAAGGAUCCAGCGAAGAGUUACGCAAAAAGUUAACUGAAACCGAAAAAAGAGUAUAUCAGCUUCAGGACUCAUUGAACAGGAUGAUAUCUUCCAUGUCAAGUCAAGUUGCCGAGCUGAAGACAAUCUUGAGUACUUCAUCAAGAUUGAGUUCAACUUUUCGACCUAUUGCUAGAGUUGACGUUGCUUCCAGUAACUCUGAUUCUUCAUCUACAGACUCUGAUUUCACAUUUCCAGCACCUGUUGCAAAUUCAGAAGCAUUAUCUUCUACCCAACUAGUAGUUCAGGAUGUCACUGCAGCUGAAGGAUCAGGAUCUGGAAGUGAAAAAGAAGCCUCUGGGGAAACAACGAAGAAAGUCCGAGAAAAGGAUGAAGGUUGCAUUGGCUAGGCACGAUCACUCCUUCAGUCACAUACCCGACGUACAAAUUUGUAGAUACACGGUUCAUCUCCGGAUUUUGUAGAUCAGUCAGAUAGAGGUAGCAAUAAGAGUCGAUCAAAGAUGAACUUGUGGGUCGGUAUUUCAUCUUGCUGUCACCCCUUCCGAGUAAAAAUCUUAUUAGAUAUCCAAUGACACCUCUAGGGACAAUUUUGUAUAUAACAUAUUUUUAUAGUUUAUCGCCCCUUCUUGUAAUGCCAUCUACAUGGUGCUUCAUCUUGAUCAAGAUAUCAUUUCAAUUUACUCAACUUCGGCCACUGAAUUGAUUCCUUUCCAUGGAUUAUACGGGUAGACUUAUCCGGCGACUUUCGUAUGCAGUUACAUGUUUAGCAUUAUAUUGUACAACAUUUGUCAUAAGCAUGAUCAGGGAUGGUUCUAAGGGUAUAUAUGUGGAAUAA